AUGGAGUGCAACAAGGAUGAGGCCACCAGAGCUAAAGAAAUUGCCGAGCGGAAGUUUAUUGAAAAGGACACUUUGGGUGCGAAGAAGUUUGCUUUGAAAGCCCAAAAUUUGUUUCCUUCCCUUGAAGGUAUUCCUCAAAUGAUAGCAACACUUGACAUAUAUAUUUCAGCCGAUAAUAAAGUAAAAGGAGAAGCAGAUUGGUAUGGUAUACUUGGUGUAAGCCCCCAUGCUGAUGAUGAUACAGUUCGGAAACAUUAUAGAAAGCUAGCUCUCAUGCUUCACCCUGACAAGAACAAAUCCAUCGGAGCCGACGGGGCCUUUAAACUUAUUUCGGAGGCGUGGAGUAUACUGUCCGACAAGGCUAGAAGGGCAGCUUAUGAUGAGAAGAUAAAUGCAAGAGCACAGAAAGGCUCGGCCAUUUUCGGUGGUUCGUCAGCAAAAGCGGCUGCAAAUGGGGCUAACAAUAGUAAAAAGAAAACACCUUCAAUGGGAAAGACUCAGAAGAAUACUGCUAAAGAAAAUACAUCGUCUUCCAAUAAAUCGAAAUCCACAUUUUGGACUACUUGCAAACGCUGUAAAAUGCAAUACGAAUAUCUCAGAGUUUAUCUUAACCUUAAACUCGUGUGUCCCAGCUGCCAUGAAGCAUUUUUGGCGGUAGAAACUGAUCCGCCUCCUGCAAGUGGUAUCAGACCUGGAACAUCGUGGAUUUUUAAACAAAAGUACGAUAACGAAGGACCUAACAAAAGCAAAUCUGUUGGAAAGAACAACACAGCACCUCCAAAUGCUGGAGCAGAGUCUAACAAGAACAGCUUCCAGUGGGCUCCAUUCUCUAAAACUUCUGGUGUUUCUGAUGUGACUCAAGCGGCAAAUGUAGUUCAGCAGGCAUAUGAUAAGGUGAGGCGUGACCGUGAGGAGGCACAAGCAGCUAACAAAAGGGAAGAGGCUUUGAAAAGGAAGCAGAAUGCUUCGAAAAAAGGUUACUUUAAUCCAGCCAAGAGGAAAAGAAAGGGCAUGGAUGGAAAUGGAGCAGUUGGAGCAUCUAACUUAGGCAAUGAAAUCAAGUUCAAUUGUACUAGAGAUCUCUCCCCAGUUGAACUUCAGAGACUUCUUGUUGAGAAAGCUAGAAAAGAAAUUAGCAAGAGUCUCAAAGAGUUUCAAUUAAAUACUGUUGGUGAAUCAGCAGCAAAAAAGAGUGGAGAUUGCCUCCAGAAAGCUAACCGGAAAGGAGAAUUUUCAGCAAGAAACUCUGAGAUCUGCACUCAAAAUAACACUGGGAAGUUGGAAGAUGCGAAGAGUAGUCUGCAGGAGAGCAGGUCAUUUGCUGCUCCUAUCAUUGAUAACACUUGCCCUGAAAUUUUGGAUUCAAUGCUAGUAGAUAUUCCAGAACCUGAUUUUUAUGAUUUUUACAAGGAUCGAACUGAAAGGUCUUUUGGUGAAAAUCAAGUAUGGGCUGCAUAUGACGGGGAUGAUGGGAUGCCUCGACAUUAUGCUAUGAUUCACAGAGUGAUCUCGAUGAAUCCAUUCAAGUUGCAGAUCAGUUGGCUGUACCCAAAUAUCAACGGCGGCGAACUAGGCCCUCUAAAUUGGGUUUCUUUUGGCUUUUCAAAAACUUGUGGGCAUUUCAGAUUAGGCAAACGCGAAAUCUAUAAUUGGAUCAAUUGUUUUUCUCAGAAGGUUAAAUGGAAAAAAGGUAACGAUGGAGCAAUUUGUAUAAAUCCCAAAAAAGGGGAAGUUUGGGCCAUCUAUAGGAACUGGUCUCUUAGUUGGAAUGAUCUGAUAGCAGAUGAUGUAAUACACAAGUUUGACAUGGUUGAAGUACUCGAAGAUUAUGUUGAAGAACGGGGUGUAAUGGUUAUUCCUCUGGUCAAGGUGGCCGGGUUCAAGGCAGUAUUUCACCACCACUUAAAUGAGAAAGAGAUCAAGAUCAUUCCAAGGAAGGAGAUGCUUCGAUUCUCUCAUCAGGUACCUUCACACGUACUCACUGGCGAAGAAGCUCCUAAUGCUCCAAAGGGUUGCAGGGUGCUGGACCCAGCUGCUACUCCAUGUGAACUUCUCGAGGUAAUAAAAGUUGCAGAGGAUAACAUGACAGACAAUGUGGAUAGAUUUAUAAAAGAAACUAAUCAUGAGGAAAUGAUUGUUGAUACGGGAAAACUUGGGGAACAAAUGAGGGAAUGA